AUGGCAAACUACAUGAAGAUGCACUUCGUUAUGUUCGUCUUGCUUUUGAUUUGCAUCCAUGAAACCAAACUUGCUAUAAGCUUCAACGACCUUACAAAUGUUGCGUAUGGAAAACUUGCAAUUCAAAGUUCAGAAUAUCCUACUCGAAAAUAUCCAGCAUCUAAAGCUGUUAACGGUAUUCUUACAGAUUUCGCCCACACUGACGAGGAAAAAACACCUUGGCUCCGGAUUGAUCUUGGAAGGAACUACAAAAUACAUGAAAUAGAAGUCAUUGCAAGAAGCAACUGUUGUGCUGACCAACUCCACGACCUAGACAUAAAAGUGGGCAAAAGCGUACAUGAUAUGUAUCUUUGUGGUCAUUAUACGGGAACUCCAAAAGUCGUCGGGCAGAGGAUUGCUGUGUGGUGCCCCUCUGACACGGUGGGCCGAUAUGUACAAAUACAGAUCAUAAUGGGAUGGAAAAACGUUCUUUCCGCAGCAGAGAUCAUUGUAUGGGGACGUUAAACUUUGUAAAUGAACACAGAUUUGUAGAUUACUAAACAUUUUUGCAAGUAAUGAAUUAUUCGUAUAUUCUUAUUCUUAUGAAA